UUGUCAGGAGAGGUUAUACAGAAAGGUUGACAAGAACAGAAAUACACGAAGCAAAGCUAUGAAGAAAUCUUUUAAUAACAGCACCAAGGACUUUAACUCUGAAAAAUCAAGCAUUUUAUCAGAUUCCUAUAUGUUCUCACAGGAGAUAGUGAACAUAAACCCCAAACCUUUCUCAUGUUCUGAAUGUGGAAAAUGUUUUGUCACUAAAGCAGGUCUUGUCCGUCAUCAGAGAACUCACACAGGAGAUAAACCAUUCUCAUGUUCUGAAUGUGGAAAAUGUUUUGUCACUAAAGCAGGUCUUGUCAAUCAUCAGAGAACUCACACAGGCGAGAAACCGUUCUCAUGUUCUGAAUGUGGAAAAUGUUUUGGGCAACAUUCAAAUCUUGUCAGUCAUCUGAGAACUCACACAGGAGAGAAACCGUUCUCAUGUUCUGAAUGUGGAAAAUGUUUUCGGCAACAUUCAACUCUUGUCAGUCAUCUGAGAACUCACACAGGAGAGAAACCGUUCUCAUGUUCUGAAUGUGGAAAAUGUUUUCGGCAACAUUCAAAUCUUGUCAGUCAUCAGAGAACUCACACAGGAGAGAAACUGUUCUCAUGUUCUGCGUGUGGAAAAUGUUUUGUUCGUAAAACAGUGCUUGUUAGUCAUCAGAGAACUCACACAGGAGAGAAACCAUUCUCAUGUUCUGAAUGUGGAAAAAGUUUUGUUCGUAAAGCAGUGCUUGUCAAUCAUCAGAGAACUCACACAGGAGAGAAACCGUUCUCAUGUUCUGAAUGUGGAACAUGUUUUCGGAAGCAUUCAACUCUAGUCAGUCAUCAGAGAACUCACACAGGAGAAAAACUGUUCUCAUGUUCUGCAUGUGGAAAAUGUUUUCGGCAACAUUCAAAUCUUGUCAGUCAUCAGAGAACUCACACAGGAGAGAAACCGUUCUCAUGUUCUGAAUGUGGAAAAUGUUUUCGGCAACUUUCAAAUCUUGUCAGUCAUCAGAGAACUCACACAGGAGAAAAACCGUUCUCAUGUUCUGAAUGUGGAAAAUGUUUUCGGCAACUUUCAAAUCUUGUCAGUCAUCAGAGAACUCACACAGGAGAGAAACUGUUCUCAUGUUCUGUAUGUGGAAAAUGUUUUGUUCGUAAAACAGUGCUUGUCAGUCAUCAGAGAACUCACACAGGAGAGAAACCGUUCUCGUGUUCUGAAUGUGGAAAAUGUUUUGUUCGUAAAGCAGUGCUUGUCAGUCAUCAGAGAACUCACACAGGAGAGAAACCAUUCUCUUGUUCUCAAUGUGGAAAAUGUUUUGUUAGUAAAUCACAGCUUGUCAAUCAUCAGAGAACUCACACAGGAGAGAAACCAUUCUCUUGUUCUGAAUGUGGAAAAUGUUUUGUUAGUAAAUCACAGCUUGUCAAUCAUCAGCAAACUCACACAAAAGAGAAACUGUUCUCAUGUUCUGAAUGUGGAAAAUGUUUUGUCACUAAAGCAAAGCUUGUCAGUCAUCAGAGAACUCACACAGGAGAGAAACCAUUCUCUUGUUCUCAAUGUGGACAAUGUUUUCGGCAACAUUCAACUCUUGUCAGUCAUCAGAGAACUCACACAGGAGAGAAACUGUUCUCAUGUUCUGCAUGUGGAAAAUGUUUUGUUCGUAAAGCAGUGCUUGUCAGUCAUCAGAGAACUCACACAGGAGAGAAACCAUUCUUAUGUUCUGAAUGUGGAAAAUGUUUUGUCACUAAAGCAAUGCUUGUUUGUCAUCAGAGAACUCACACAGGAGAGAAACCAUUCUCAUGUUCUGAAUGUGGAAAAUGUUUUGUUCGUAAAACAGUACUUGUCAGUCAUCAGAGAACUCACACAGGAGAGAAACCAUUCUCAUGUUCUGAAUGUGGAAAAUAUUUUGUCACUAAAGCAAAGCUUGUUCGUCACCAGAUAACUCACACAGAAAAUAAACCGUUCUCAUGUUCUGAAUGUGUUAAAUGUUUUGUCACUAAAGCAGAGCUUGUUCAUCAUCAGAGAACUCACACAGGAAAGAAACCGUCCUUACAUUCUGAAUAG